UCCCGAAGUUAAGAAGAGCAUCCCCUCCAGAUUACCACUCCCCUUGCAAUCUAUAGAAACCAACUUCUUAGGUCGUUUCGUUUCAGUGACCUUGUAACCAAACUUCAGGAUCCUCCUACUUGUAUCAUCUCUGAUGGGUUCAUGUCAGUUUUCACAAUCCAUGCUGCGCAAAACCUUGGGAUUCCGGUCAUGAUGUACUGGACACUUGCUGCCUGUGGCUACAUGGGAUUUUACCAGAUCCAAUCUCUCUUUGAGAAAGGACUUGCCCCACUUAAAGAAGAAAGUUACAUGACAAAUGGGUAUUUAAACACAAUCAUUGAUUGGGUUCCGGGAAUGGAAGGCAUCCGUCUUAAGGAUUUCCCAGUGGAUUGGACCGCUGACAAUGAUAAACUUCUCAAGUUCACUAAGGAAGCUCCCCAAAGGUCUCUCAGAGUUCCUCAUCAUAUUUUCCACACGUUCGAUGAGCUGGAGGCUAGUAUUAUCAAAGCUUUGUCAUCGAUGUAUGCUCAUGUCUACACCAUCGGCCCAGUGCAACUACUUCUUGAUCAGAUACCUGAAGAGAAAAAGCAAACUGGAAGUUCAAGUCAUGGAUACAGCUUACGGAAAGAAGAGCCAGAGUGUCUCCAGUGGCUUCAAUCUAAGGAGCCAAAUUCUGUGAUUUAUGUAAAUUUUGGGAGUUCAACGGUCAUGUCUUCAGAAGACCUUAGAGAAUUUGGUUGGGGACUUGCUAAUAGCAACCAUUGUUUUCUUUGGAUAAUCCGAUCUAACUUGGUCAUUGGGGAAGCUGCAGCAUUGCCUGAUGAAUUUGAGGAACAUAUAAAAACGAGAGGCUUUAUUGCAAGCUGGUGUUCACAGGAAAACGUCCUGAACCAUCCUUCGGUUGGAGGGUUUUUGACUCAUUGUGGGUGGGGAUCCACCAUUGAGAGCUUGUCAGCUGGGGUGCCGAUGAUAUGUUGGCCGUUUUCGUGGGACCAGAUGACCAACUGUAGGUAUAUUUGCAAGGAAUGGGAGGUUGGAGUGGAGAUGGGGAAUAAAGUGAAACGAGAUGAAGUUAGUAGGCUUGUGCAACAAUUGAUGGGAGAAGGUGGUCACAAAAUGAGGAACAAGGCUAUCGAGUGGAAGGAAAAGGCUCGUGUCGCCACAAGUCCCAACGGUUCAUCUUCUUUGAACAUAGACAAAAUUGUUAAGGAAAUCAUGAUGCUAGGAGUACACUAAAAAUUAAACCUCAUGCUUUCUGCGCAUUAGAACCUUCAACUUUAUGUAUUCUGUUUAAAUGUAAUAGUGUAGUUUUUUACCUUUGCGUAAGGGCAGUUUGUUGGCGGUUAUUGAUAAUGUACCAUACCAUAGUUUCUCAUAAGUUUCCAUUAUAGUGGCUCAUCAAUUUUCAUCGCUU